AUGCGUGUGCCGUGUGCAUCCAUGGCACGUCACGCCUUUGGUCGGACGAAACCGUGGGAACGACUCCGAGGUUGGCGACAACGCUCUCGCUGGUUGGCCAACCAGACAGAGGAAACCUCCUCGACUUCUCGGUUGCCUCUCAGCAAAGGCUUAGAGUCGCGCUUGCGACAGCUGAGUUGGUUGCCGCUCACGGAGGCCACCCUGAAGUUGCUUCGUCCGGUGCUGGAGGGUCGUGAUGUGCUGGCGGUAAUGCCGCGAGGUCGAUCGAGGCUCCUGGGAUAUUUGCUGCCUUUACUGGACAAGAUGAAAACGGAGAGGUGGUCGCCCGAUGAGACGGUGCUCGUGCUGCUGCCGAAGCGCAAAGACGCCGAGAAGGCAUACACCACCAGCAACGUUUUGCGGAAGUGGUCCUUGCGUACCAUCCUGGCUGGAGACGGCGGCGACAUCUCGAAGCGUUCGCAGUUGGCCUUGCUGCGGCGCGGCGCGCAGCUGGUGGUGUGCACGGCGCAGCGGUUGAAGGAGCUUCUACAGGAAGGCGUCAUUUUCCAAAGCAUCGCUGCCAAACCGCCGGCGGAUGGGGUACCAGCGCCACACAGGGUGCGCCUGCGCUGCGUCGUGUUGGAAGAUGUGGAAGAGCUUCUUGCGGAGGUGGGCGACGAGCUGCGAGGUCUCCUGGCUUCGCUGGGUCGGCUGCAACAUGUGAUCCUGGCCAAAGAUAGCCGUGGAGCGCAGCUGACACAGGAGGAGCUGCAGCCCUUUCUGCAGGAUCCGGUCCUCAUCGACACAGGCCCCGGUCCCGCCACGUUGCAUGCAGAGCACCUCUGCUGCGAACUGCCCACGAAUGCGAUGCGACGUGCCAGGCUUUUAGCCUUCCUGCUGGAUGAGCGACUCAAGGACAGGUGGAUCUUGGCCACCAAACGGACCCCGGAUGUGUGGGCUAUUGCUAUUUGUUGA